GAAACUAUAAAGUACUUUGCAAUAAAUCUAACAAAAGAUGUUUAACACCUCUAUGAAGGAAAUUAUAAAAAGUGAUAGACUUCCAGUUUCUAUUUAAGCAUGUAAAGAGCUUAGAAAUUAUCACUGUCUUAAAAGCAAGUAAAAACUGAACAAACUGAAAAAUCAGUAACUCUUCUAGGAUCCAUCAGAGAGAUGGGGUCACAGGGCACUGCACCCCAGUUGGAAAGACAGGUAAAUACAGAGAAUCACAACUUAACAGAAAACUCUGAAAACGAAUGCUGGCGUAGGGAAACCUAAACUGUAAUUGACAAAUUGCUGGUAACUUAGUGUGGACAAUUAGAGUUAAAAUUUCAGGGACCCUCCCUGAUCAUUAUGGGGGCUCACACUUUUGUGAGUUUCACCUCCAGGAACUCCUGAAUUGAACAUUUUUUAUUUAUGGUUCAUGAAGUGUUUUUUAGUAUAAUACUACUAGAUGAAAAUUAUGUGUAUUCAGUAUUAUAGGGGGAAAGCCUUGACCUAGCUAUAAAUCAUUUCUGUUUGUAGCUUUUUAUAUGUACCAGAUAUAGCUAAUUUUUAGGGCUAAUAUUAGUUUGAAAUCCUUGAGCUAUGAUACCUUCUCUUUUUCUUUAAAUGUUUCUCACCAGUAUAUGAAUGAGCAGGGUUAACUGGGACCGCAACUCCAGUUCACACUUCUAGACUUUCAGUGGAAGCUGGGUAUGGCUGUGAGCUCGGACAGUUGCAGGUCACUUAAGUAUCCUUACGUUGCAGUGAUGCUCAAAGUGGCUGAUGAUUCAGGCCAAGUAAAGAAAAAGUCCUUUGAAAUGACAAUUCCACAGUUUCAGAAUUUCUACAGACAGUUCAAGGAAAUUGCUGCAGUUAUUGAAACUGUGUGAAAACUGAUUCCUUGAUUGAUGAAUUGCUAUCAUCAUUCUAAAAUUAUGGACUUCACUUUCUGCACCAAAACUGCCUAAGGAUCCAGUGAUAUUUAUUGACUGAAAAUUAUACUUUUGGUUUUUCAUUUUUUUAAUAAUAAAAAAUCAGAAAAACAGGUAUUGCAAAGUGGUGAUCAAUACACAACUUUGUGAAUGUACUAAGAGCCACUGAAUUGAACACUUCAAAGGGUGAACUCUGGUAUGUGAAUUCUAUCUUAAUAAAAGAAUAAAUUAGGCAAACAAUUGAAUGAUAUAGAAAGCAACAAAAGUUUAAGUAUUAGACCAAUAGUUUUAAAAAUUACUGGUAAUGUUACCCAUUUUAUAAAUAAAAUCUUAUACUGAGUUCUUUAUAUAUAGUCUUAUAUAUAAAUGACAGAAGUAAUAUUUGAUUAGGAUAACAUGACUUUACAAAUUCAGUCUUUUGUUAUAAAAACAAUCAGUGAGAAGAGUGAGGCAGCUUCUCAAACAUUUGGAAUCAGGUUAGGAUUGACUUUUGCUCCCUUAUAUUAGCCAAGAAUUCAGCUGUUUCUCUUACUAAUAUUUGUAGAAAGUUCAAGUGCAUGCACAAAGACAGAAAAAUAGGUUUUAUUCUGAGUUUAUGUACAACUGAGUUAACCUGGUAGCACAAGAUACUGUGUUAGAUGAUCUCUGUUCAAUUUAGAUUUACAAACUAGUUAUUAAAAUAUUUUAUAAAGCCACAACAAUCAACACUGUGUGGCAUUGGUUAGGAGUAAGCAGACAGAUCACUGAAUAGACUAGGUGGCCUAGAAAUAGAUCAAGACAUUUGAGACAAAGAUGGUAUUUUAGUUGGGUGAGAAAACAGGAUUGAUUUAAUAAGUGAUGCUAGUACUCACAACAUAUGCAAAGGUAAAUUCCAGUUGGACUAAUGACCUAAAUGUAAAAGAUAAAAAUUGAAGUUUUACAGAAUAUUUAUGUUAACUCGGGCUUGGGAAGACAGCAACUCCAUAGCUAUAAUAAGAAACAUAAAUAUAAUUGACAUAUAAAAAAUUUUUAAUUAUAUGUGGGGGAAAAAAUGGGCCAUGAACCAAAACAAAAGAGAAAUGCUAGGUUGUUGUGUAAAUUAGUUCUUGGUCUGGAAAACAAAUUGCUUUAAAUAUUCCAAGUAGGAAGAGAUUUUUUGCAAGAAAUGAGAUGCUCACUGAACGUCAGACUGAGAACACAUCAGGAGAAACCAUUGCUAGCUUUUAGAAAAUGCAGGAAUUUCAGGGGAAGCCCCUCCUAAUCAUCUCUGCACAAUGCAGACUGUCACCUGGAAGCCACUAUCCAUGCUAUUUCUGCCUUAUGUCAACAUGUGUAAUGAAAUAAAGGCUGCUUGCUUUCUUCACCCUUCUUAA